UCAGCCAAAUAGUGAAUGGUACUGCAAUGAGCACCGUGCAACAUACGGACCCAGGAACAAACAGCCGUCUCUAUGGUUGAUUUCAUUUUUAGGGAUGGUAACAGAGCAGAAAAGGAUACAACAAACCCUGGCGUCUAUCACAUUGAGGAAGCAGACCUGAACUCCGACAGGAAGACCUACGGGUUUAUAAGGACCGGUCGAAACCAUCAGACUUUGGGAUUGCGAAAAGGGGAUCUCUUUCUACGUGGAGCUUACGACCUGACUGACUCCACCCAAGAGGUUCUGCGGCACAAGAUGUCCUCCUCCUUUAAAGCAUGUCCACGCCUUCACAUUGUCACGCUGGGUAUCAUAGACAAGCAAAUUAACACUUCACCUUGUGAUUACAACGUGGCAAAGAAACCAGUGGAAAAAAUGCCCUGCAAGCAUGUGAUGUUUCGGUCAAACGUUCAAAGGAUCAUCUUUCCACCGAAGGAGGGUCCUGCUCCUUACAUCUACAAUCCUCAGAGCAGGCCCGGAAAAGGCAUCACUUCCCCUUUCAAAUCAAAGUUGCCACGGCUGCACAUCGUGCGUUCAACAACGCCAGGGCCAGGGGCCUACAAACCCUGCUGGAAGUCAGGUGACCACCUGAGCGCACAGACCACUGAGGAUCCUUCCUUCAGUCUCCUCUUCCGUAACAUUCCCUAG